CUCUGCUACUUCAGAAUAAGUUCUCUUUGCGAUCUCCCAGAGAGUUCAUUUGAGGGGAUUGGGCACAAAGACUUACCAAUGGAAGACAGCGAAAACGAGGCCAGUUUCGAUGCUUUCAAUUUGAACCCUCAACUCUUUGUAAACGAAGUGCUCAACGCUGUUGAUGAUAUGGUCGAUGGGGCGUUUGAGUUCUACGAUCAGGAGGCAUUAAAACUUUUGGCUAGAACGGGCGCAGACCGAUCAGAUGAGCUAAAGAAGGGUAUUUCUUCCAUACAUUGUAUGAUUCAAGCAGUUUUAGAUAAGAGACUUGGUAUGUGGGAGAAGUACUGCCUUUGGCACUGCUUUGCUGUUCCUGAAGGAUUCUCAAUGCCGAGAUCUCACUCACCUGAUGACACUUCAAUGGAUCAAGAUGGACCAUCGGAUGCAAAACUUGAUUCUCAGUUAGAUUCUUUGAAAGAGAAGCUUUAUGUGGUCGGAAAUGAGUCUGUUGAGCUGCAGAGAGAGCUCCAGGCACUUGAGAAACAGUCUACUAUAAGCAAUAGUUAUGCGGGGUCUAUCAAUGCGGCAUUGCAAUUAUUUGAACAAAACUCUGUGUAUGAGACAUCACAAGAGAUCAGAAGAAUUGCAUCUGAACUUCGCAACAGAAUGGAGAAACAGAAGAUCAAAAGGAAUGAAGAGAGCGAACAUAUCAGAACAGAAAGGAUAUCUAAUCCAAACAGUGAUCAGUCUCUGAUGUAUUAUAGCAAGGGUGUCUCCAAUGCUGACCUGGAAUAUCUUCAUGAGCUUGCAGCUGAUAUGAAGAACUUGUGAAUUUCACUUCCGUUAUAGCAUGGGAUCAUUUGUUCUAACUGAUUGUAAAGUGCAGUUGAUGCUCUGUAACAAGUAUGAUCAAAAUCUCAUCCUGCUGAACAUGGUUCUGCUUUUAGAUGGAUAC